CGCCGCAGUGACACUAAUGAGCGAGUUCUUCCCACAGGUCUCCUGCCUGGAAGUGCUGACAGAUCAAGGCAACAAAUUUCAAUUACAAGCCCUAAUUUGUGUCCGCAGAGCGUUUGUUACCCAUGUCAGUCCUGCCUGCCCCAUCAGACGGGGCAGAACGUGGAGGAGGAGAAGGAGGAGGAGGAGGGGGAGAGAAGGAACGCAUCUGCAGAAAGGAAUAGAUUUUUUUUCCACUUAAAAAAAACCCCAAAACAACCCCCCCCCCUCAAAAAAAAAAACUUGGCUGAUAACUCGGAUUUAAAAAGAAAGGCGAGGAAAAGUCCCAGCCCCUUGCCUGCGCGGUCAGGAGGAAGGGAGGGCGGCCGGCGCGGCGGGCCGGGCGCGGGUGCCGGUGUCGGCGGCCGCGGGGCGCCUGGAUGCGCGGGCUGUAGGGUGUCGGGCAUGGCCGACAAGCGGCGGUCCUCGCCAGGCACCACCAUGAGCCUCAAGGCUCACGCCUUCUCCGUGGAGGCUCUCAUCGGGGCCGAGAAGCAGCAACAGCAGCAGCCGCAGCCGCCGCCGCGGCAGCCCAAGCGGCGGAAACUGGGCGGCGAAGACGAGGCGGCGGAGGACGAAGGGGGCAGCGGCUGCUGCGCCAAGAGCUCCCCCGCCGCUGCCGCUGGCAGGACCUGCGGCGACAUGGACCUGGGCUGCGGUGCCCGCGCCCCCGCCGGCGGCUGCGAGGAGGGUUUCCUGGCGGCCUCCCCGCCCGCCUCCCCCGGCGGCUCCCCCAAGGGCUCGAGGCCCGGGUCGCCGCUGCCCACGCCGCAGGCGCCGCGGGUGGACCUGCAGGGCGCCGAGCUCUGGAAGCGCUUCCACGAGAUCGGCACCGAGAUGAUCAUCACCAAGGCGGGAAGGCGGAUGUUUCCCGCGAUGAGAGUGAAGAUCUCAGGUUUAGACCCACAUCAGCAGUAUUAUAUUGCUAUGGAUAUUGUGCCAGUGGAUAACAAAAGAUACAGGUAUGUUUAUCAUAGCUCCAAGUGGAUGGUCGCUGGUAAUGCUGACUCCCCAGUACCGCCUCGCGUUUAUAUUCAUCCUGAUUCACCCGCUUCUGGGGAGACAUGGAUGAGACAAGUGAUCAGCUUUGACAAACUGAAGCUUACCAAUAACGAGCUGGAUGAUCAAGGGCAUAUUAUCCUUCACUCUAUGCAUAAAUAUCAGCCUCGUGUCCAUGUCAUCCGAAAAGAUUGUGGUGAUGAUCUGUCCCCUGUCAAGCCUAUCCCUUCAGGAGAAGGGGUGAAAGCCUUCUCCUUUCCAGAGACAGUUUUCACUACUGUCACAGCAUACCAAAAUCAACAGAUAACUCGUCUGAAGAUUGAUAGGAAUCCAUUCGCCAAAGGGUUUAGAGAUUCGGGUCGUAACAGAAUGGGACUGGAAGCUCUGGUAGAGUCCUAUGCCUUCUGGAGACCUUCACUGAGGACACUUACUUUUGAAGAUAUACCUGGGAUACCCAAACAAGGAAAUGCAGGUUCCUCUACUUUACUCCAGGGAUCUGGCAGUGGAGUGCCAUCUACCCACCCUCACCUUUUACCGGGUUCCCCUUGCUCAUCUCCAGCCUUCCACCUCAAUCCCAACACUAGCCAGCUGUGUACCCUUGCUCCAGCUGACUACACAGCUUGUGCCCGCUCAGGCUUGACCCUGAACAGAUACAGCACUUCCCUGGCUGAAACCUACAACAGGCUCACAAACCAAACCAGUGAGACGUUUGCACCCCCGAGGACUCCCUCCUAUGUCGGUGUGUCAAGUAGCACAACUGUGAAUAUGUCGAUGAGUGGCAAUGAUGGGGAUGCAUUCAGCUGCCCACAGACUGGCUUAUCUAUGCAGAUUUCAGGGAUGUCUCCACAGCUCCAGUACAUCAUGCCAUCCCCAUCCAGCAAUGCCUUUACCACUAAUCAAACCCACCAAGGCUCCUACAACACGUUUAGACUGCACAGUCCCUGUGCGCUCUAUGGAUAUAACUUUUCCACAUCUCCUAAACUGGCUGCCAGUCCUGAGAAAAUCGUUUCUUCCCAAGGAAGUUUCUUGGGGUCCUCGCCAAGUGGAACCAUGACGGAUCGGCAGAUGUUGCCCCCUGUGGAAGGAGUGCACUUACUUAGCAGUGGGGGGCAGCAAAAUUUCUUUGACUCUAGGACCCUAGGAAGCUUGACACUCUCGUCUUCUCAAGUGUCUGCACAUAUGGUUUGAUGAAGCCUUUAAGUAAAAGUACAGUAUGUUUGGUGUCUACAAUGUAUUUCUUUUGGAAUAUGAAGGGACACUCGAUGUAGCUUGUAAAGUGCAUGUAUAUAUAUAUAAUAUGAGAGGAAGUUUUAGUGAAAUUUUGACUUGCUUGUGGCCAGAUUAUUUUCCUAUUUUGAGUUACACAGAAUUUGCUCUGUUGCAGACUGCUUUAGUUUUCUGGUAUAAUACACUUAGUUGUAUAACACAUUGGGACAUAUGCAACAAAUUAAGCAAGACUUCCUCCCCUUUCCCCCUCCUCUGUUCCAGCGCCUUUAAAGAACGAAAUGACACUUGGAGUAUUAAACAACACAAACAAGCCCACUUGCCCAUUUCCUAUAGCACUAGUGAGUUUCUUUAAAACAUUCAUACAAUGAUAAGCUGAUGCACCAAAGGCAUUUUACAAGUUUCUUCUCUGUUAUAAGGGAUACAAAGGAUAUUUGGACUUUUAAGUGUUGAGCAUGAAGCAUCUAGCCUAAAAUAGAAGUUUAGCUAAUGGAUUAUUUACAAAGUAAAUUGAAAGAUUAGUUUGCCUUCUCAUGAUACAUUGUUUUUAGCUUAUCAACAGCACAGCAUUCUCACUAGGAUUUUUUUUUUUCAGCAUUAGUCUAGAUUUACGGUUAGAUAUUUGAAGACUAAUAAUGUGUAUUCAAAUUGUGGUGAUAGAAAUAAUUUAAACCAACAGCACUAGAAGCAGCAUUCCUUAGUACGGAAUGAAGUUCAGGUUGCUUAGUUUUUGUCAAAGGAAGGGCUUGAUGCUUUUUUUUCCUCCAUAAAUAUUGCCUAUAAGACAUUUACUGGACAGUAGGAUAUUCUAAAGUAUCUUUGUUUCUGUAUUUUUACUUUUUUUAAAGGAAAAUGCAGGUUUGAUUUAGAAAAAAAAAAGUGAGCAGAAUGAGAAAUUCCAUUAUUGGUUUUACCUGUUUUGUUUGUGUAUUUCUUGUGUUUUGGAUUUGGUUUGGUGUUUUUUGGGGUUUUUUUGUUUGUUUGGUUUUUUUUAGUAAGGGCAAAAGUAUCUCAGUAUCUCAAAAAUACAUCACCUGUAUCAGUUAGGCAGAUGACCCAGUUUGCCCACAAGUGUUUCUGGAAGCAGAACAUUGUCAUAGCUGACUUCCUGUUGCUUUAUUUCUGUCAGCGUUUGUCCUGGAAUUGGAGAGGCUUCCUUCAUUCCCACCUCUGGUUUUUAAAUGGCACUUGUAAGAACAUAGAUCACAAUCUGCUCCUGACCACACUUCUCCAGAGUGACAAGGACAUAGGGAAACACUUGUCAUGGUGAAAUUUCUGCCCUCAUCUGCACCUGCACAGCACAGGUGUGUAUCAGUCCUUCUGCAAAAGCUGCCUCUCAGCUGCCCUUCUGUCAGAGCUUAACCACAGAGGUUGUAGAACUAAUUUUAAUGCUUGAGAGGACAGGUCAUCUUCAACGGUAUACUAAGCCUCAUUUAUAUUGUGCAGGUGAUACAAAGGCGUUAGAAGGUGGGUACAAAUAUAGAUGAAAAUGUUUCCCCAGUAAGCAUUGAAGAAGAUUAAGGCCUUUCAAGUUUUACGCUAGAUUUUUUUUGUGAAAGUGAAUUUUCAUGUUUCUCAAGUGUUCCUGUGUCUUUUCUAGCAAAUAGUGCACUUAACCACUCCCACUUCAAGAAGGACUCAUUUCAGCUUGCAUUUCAUUAGUGGGAUGGAGAUAAUGCAGGCAGAAACAGCCCUCUUGCUAUCUCCUCUUAUUAUGUGGGAAUAGAAGAGAAACCACAACUAUCUUGAAGCCUGUGCCUGCAGAAUGCUUUAUUUUUAUUGCUUGCAUAUUUGUUUCUGUUAAAGAAGAUACAUAUAAAGUUCUCAUUCAAAGUUAGAAAGACAAGAGGAUGCAAUUGAGGAGAUGUGGGUUUGCUUCUUUGCUGUUUCAAACUUCCUAAGUGACCUUGAGCAGUUCACUCAGUCUCUCUAUAUCAGACUUUUUUUCUUCUGUAAAAUGUGAUAAUAGCACUUCAUGCCUCCUAGAAAAGGGUGACAGUAUAUUGAAGAUGAAGAUCAUCUUUACAUCUUCUGUGCUGUGGACAGUAUGUUACAGAUGAAUGGCUAGGAAGUGUUCAUAUGCAAGGAUAAGAAAGAGCAUUUGUGUACUUCAGGUCUGAUGCUGGUUUUGGCAUUUCAGUGUCCUUGAGGCAGAUCUUAAAGAAAAGACCUGCAAUGCUGAAAAUGCUAUUCAAACUCACACUAAUGAUUUUUGAAAUGGUUCUAAGAUGUGUACAAGAUGGGCAAGUUUUCAGUUAUGUAAAUUGUCAUAGCUUUAUUGGUUUAAAUUAACAAGUAACUUGUGUAUAGUAAUUCUUGCUCCAGCCAAAACUUUAAAAUUUUGUAGUUGGACAAAUCUUUAAAUGGCAAAGAUGGUACAAUUAAUCUGUACUUGAAAAAGGGUAAUUACCCAUGUUAUCUUAAGGGCUUUGACUAGGUAGAAAUGUGGAAGAGCUAAAUCAUGCAUGUUCUUACGAGGAGAAAAAAAGGGUUGUGCAUGGAUGUUCAUGGAGGUGCUCCUGACAUGACUUUAUCAUCUGGGAAUUUUUUAGAACUGGUCUCUUAUUUUUCCUCAAAUUACUUUUAUCAUAUAACCACACAAUAUUGUUUCAUUUGUUCCUUAAAAUUUGAAUCAUAUUGUAAAUACUGGUGUGUCAUUGUGAAAAGACUAACUUUUUAUCAAUACAGUAAAUGCUAUAUAUGCAUUAUAUCUAUAAUUAUAUAUCUGUAUUUUACAAAAAUGCCACAGAAAAUAUAUUAAAGUGUGUAUUCAAACACUUUUUACUACAUUUGGAAAACUGAGAGGCUUGGGCCUUUUUUUUCUCUACAACUUCUGCAAGAACAAAGGAAGUGACUCUGAGGUAAGCUCUGGGUUUCAGAGACUUAAUACAACAAGCUGCAGCUAGUCCACAAUUCUUACAUGGUUCAGUUUAACCAUCUGCCAUUGAAUCUCUCUAUUAUUUGUACGCAAAGAUCCCAACAGAUGUUGUGUACAAGGAGAUACUGAGGCUGAUAGCAGAGCUCUGAGGGUUUUACAUGGGAAAACGGGACUGAGCUGCUUGCUGGGCUCUUUAGCCAGUGAUGGAACUUGGUUGCUUCCUUGUAGCCCAUGGCAUCCCAUCUGCUAAGAGCAAUUCAGCUGCUCCCUAUCAACUGGAUCUGGGAAGUUGGCUCUUCCAUGCGACUUGAGCAGAAACUUGGUACUCUGCCUGUUUUCUCUCUCUGCGGUUUCUUUGGUCAUUUGCUCUCUGUUCUGCUAGUUCUAAAUGCAGAAAUCUAUUGAUUUGAAAGUUUGCAAUCUGACUGUACUGUUACUCAGCAAUGAGCAACAUUUCUUCGUCAAGAAAUACUGUUAUGCAUAGUGGCCUUAUUUCCUAUUGUACUGCAAUAAAUGAUUCUCUGUGACAUAGGGCAGAGGGCCUGAAAAUCUGAUUACUUCAGAGACUCUGGUUUCAUAGUCACUUAACACCAGCAUUGUUGCAAAUGACCAGAAUUAGGGCAAGAGAAGUAGGCAUGAAAUGCUUGAUCAUAAAUAUCAGGCCUCCAGAGAGAAUGAAAGCUUCUGUUUUUAAUAAGAGAAGAGCCUUUUUUUUUUUUUUUUUUUUGAAUAGCACAGUCAGAUUCUGAGAGGGCUCAUUUCUGCUGCAGCAAUGGACAUCAGGAGAAAGCUGAAAAUCAUGGAUAUUGUUGUCUUUAAUAGUAGUAAGCCUGUACUGUGAGCAGUUCAGCAGAAGAAAUAUAAAUCAUCAUCAGAAGUAGCUCACAGAUUCUAUGGAUAUAUUUUACCUGUAAAGAUAAUAUACCUAGUCAAUCUGUACCUAGGUAUGUUUAAAAAGUUUGCAGUUUAUCUAAUUACCUAAUGAGUUAAUGGUUUUUGUGAGCUGACUUUGCACUUCAGGUGACAAAAUAUAUUAACUUGUCAGUUGAGCUCUUCAUUAAUGUGAACCUCAGAUUCAAUAUUUCACCUUGUACUUAACACAAAGAUGUUGAUAUGUCAAUUUAAUAUAUGCAAAAAUACAGGAGAGUUCUUGUUCUGCCUUAUGUUCCACCAUAUUCCUCAGCUACCCAGUUAAUUCAAAACACUGGCAUGCCAAGAUGACACACACUUUUAAGAGGUGAUGCCUUGCUUCAUUAGAAAAUAACAUUUCUAGAGAAUUAAACUUUGCUUUUAGUCAGUGUUGUUAUCUUCAAGCUCUGAAAAGGUGUUUGUUACCCAAAAAAGCAUAAGUCCUAUGCAGUCAUCACUUAUUCUUGCAAAGUAAUGUUGAAUUGGCUAUAAAACUAUCUCAGAUAGUUUGGUGCCCAAUGCCCAGACAGAGCAGUUCCAGCAAAUUUUAGAAUUUGAACUCCAUAAAGUAAAUGUUUUUAAGAAGCCUCAGUAAAUCAGAUCAGCACUGCUAUCAGGAAGACUAAAAAUACUGUGGGCAAAUAGAAAAACUUUCCUGAAUUUUAUCUGUCACCUUCAGAGGUUUAUUACCUUAAAUAGUUAAUAUCCAACAUGUUCCACUCCACCAGAAUGAGCAUUAAACCUCCAUGAGCUGGAUGAAUUUCCACAUUUUUCCAUUGUGGCCUUUCUAAAUGUUGGCAGUAACAACCAGGUUUCAAGACAAGCACCAGUGCUCCAGGUUUGCAGCAGGGAAUGGCAGGAGAAGUGCAGAUAGCCCAAAUACACCCUGCAGUCCCACCAUACACUUUUGGAAUGUCACAGGUGCUGUGAUGGCACCCACAAUGUAUAGUUCUAUCCAAACAUAAUUCAGUGCGCCUCUCACAAGGGUAAUUACGCAUGCCAGGGGGCUAUAGCCUAAAAUAAGACCUGAUGUCAAAGACUGGUCAGGAAGGAUAAAGCAUGAUGCGAAAAUACUUGUGCUACCCAAAAGCUGGUCUAUGGCAGUGAAUGUUAAGUGUAGGCCCAGCACAGACUUGGCCUUUGUCAGUACUGCAGCCACUUUGACUAUGCCGCACGCUUAUGUUCAUUUGCACACCACUGGAUUUUAUUUGGAUGCUAUAAUAUAGAGCCAAGAAUAAAUUUAGAGCACAUUGAAGGAAACCUGGACUCAACUGUGGCCAGUGGUAAUGGUGCCCCCGACUUGAGCUUUAUGGAUACCACAUUUUCAGACUCUAAGCCAUCCCUCUUUCUGUUCCGGAGUGCUUUACCCAUGCAGCAGUUGUAGUCAUAACUCUCUUGUGCAUUUUUCUGUCCCUUUAUGGUGCUUUUCAGAUGGAUGACUGGCUUCUUGCGUUUCACAUGCUCAUAGUUUGUUUUUAACUUUGUGCUUCUGCAGUUUUUGAGCCAUAGUCUGUCUCAAAAUGAAAGACAAGACAAGGGUGGAAUUUGGUGCUCCAUCCCCAGUAUAUUCCUUUCCACUGCAGAUAAUUGACUAUAUAUUUCCCACAAUGUUUUUAUUGUAUUUUACAGAGAACAGUAAUAAAAGUAGAGGCUGUAUCACAAUCAAAGCAGUGUUUCCAUUCCUCAGGCAAUAUUUUUCACUAACCCAAAGGAAAACACCUCCCCACCCUUUCCUGGUUACUAUACUCAGUAUAUGGUUCUCGGUAAGAAGAAAACCAGAUGCCAUAUUUAAAUGUAAGAUGGCAGAAACCAGAAAACCAGAAAAAUGGAUCCCAAUUCAGGGAAAUGUUCCUGGAUAGUCUUUGUGUUCUUUGAAGUGCAAUAGGGGCACUAAUGCUUCCAGAGACAUCUGCAAAGACCCUUUGAUAUGUCAUUGCUGUUGGUGUAUGAUAAAUGCCUUGCUGACACAGCGUGCACUACAGAUUACCUGCCCCAUACUCAGGCAGGACGUUGUCAGUGCCACACAAAGACGUGCAAGCGAAUGCUGUUUAUGUUGUUCUAGUAAAUCCUACACCAAAGUGUAACUUCACAAGUGUUAAGCAGAUCUCAAAGCUAUGUUAAGAGGCCAAUUCUCAGGGAGAACUCAUUACAUGCCAAGCCCAUGCACUCCAGUUAUACUCUGGUGGUAACUAAAAAGCAUCUUACAAUGAAUAUAAAAACAGUUAAUCUAAGCAGGCAUUUCUUUCACUUUGCUAUAACUAAAUAACCCACAUUUUGGUGGUGGAGGGAGAAGGGGACCAAGCGUCUGGCGGUUGUAAUACUGAAUGUUUCAGUCACAUAGGAAUUUUUUUCGUGGAGAGAGAGAAGCCUUGGAAAAUGAAAUUUGAAUCAAGAGGAGGCAAGUGAAGACUGGUCUAUGAGAAAGGAUCCUUUAGACAUCAAAGUAUACCAUUGUAAAUGUCUAAAAAUGAUCUGUCUGAUGUCACAUCCUUGCAUUCAGUAGAGGACAGAACUGUUACGUUAAGGAGUGUAAUGAUCUGUGCUACCUUUCAAUUAUGAAGUGUUGGGUAGAAUGAAGGUGUUUGGUAAGGUAAAGGCUGAACUACUUAAAAUAAUCUGAGAUUGAAUGCCAUUGAUUUUAAGUCUUAACAUUCUGUUCCUUUUCUCUUUUUUUUUUUUUUUGAAAGAUACGGCUAGCAAAGAUGAGAUGAUGCUUAAAAAUUUCCAGCCAGAUGUGUCUGCAAACAUUCCCAGAGAUGACAGAUAUUCAAAUGUAGUUUGGAUUAAACCCAUUAUAUAGAUAAGUGUCUUUUAUAGCUGACUGCAGCUGUGAAGUCUGGAAUCAGAUCUGUAACUCCCCUAAACUUUGAAGACUGUAGUCAAAUAUGUGGGUUUGGAUUUGAAUCUUCAGUUGCUUGUUGCAUCAGACUGUCAUUCACAUCUGUUACACCAACAGCUCGGUGCAAAACUCUGAUACCAGUUUCAGACUCCACAAAGCUGAGGUUCAGAAAGGCCACUUCUCAAGCACAUUGCUACAUAUGAGCAGUGACAGCAGCAUAUUAUAGGUCUGUAGGUUAACAACUCUCUACGUGCCAUCUAAUGGCUAUCGAUGACCCACCAUGGAACACUGGCUCAUGGGUCACAGGUUGUUGGCUCCCACCCUGUAAAGUAUGCUUUACAUACUUCCUUCAUAUUAUGUUUCUGUGUAAGCAAAUGCUGUAGCUUCCCACAGGGAUAUUACAUGAUCCAGUGUGGAAGGAGAGAGGGUUGGCGUAAUUGCAAAUGGGAUGAAAGCUGCUCCUUGAGGUACUCUCUAAGGGCUUAUCUAUACACAGCGAAACUAGGAGUGAAUUUACAACACCUCAGCUCCACAGGUGGGCACUCUUCACAUGCAGUAAGCAAGGAGGAGGUGUUUCAUGUGGAAAAUAAGAAAAUAUUCCACACAAGCGAUGUUCCUAUGAAGAUACAGUGCUUUGAGCCUGAGUUCCUGCAGUUUCCCUCUCUUGUUUGCUCUACAGGAAGACCUUAAGACUUCAGCCACACUACAAAAAAUAACAACCCACAAAUGUCUGUCUGGGAGGGUGUCACUGGUUGUCACCAUGGCAUAGACAGCCUCACCAACUGCAGUGAUGGAGCCACCCACGGUAAAUGCUGGACAACUCUUCUGACCUGUUAAUAGUUGGCAGACUAUAUGAUGACAGUUGCAAGAAUCUGAUGCACAGCAGUAUCCUUUACAGCAGUUUAAUCUUUGUCAUCAAAUCCCUCGGCAGCCAUGAUUAAUAGCAGCACUUGAGCUUGUUUUGAAAGUUGUAUAUUUGGCAGCUAUGAACUUUGAUCUAUGGUUUCGCUUUAAAGAAUCAUUAUGACACAAA